AUGAAGCCCUCUACUGUUCUCGCUAUCGCGCCCUUCCUGGCUGCCGCUUACUCGAAGCCCGUUGAGAAGCAGCCUCCUCGCUUCGAUGUGGUGGUCGUCAGCGAAGGCCCUGUACAGUAUCGUGCCCUGGCCGUUUCGUCUUCCUUCUUCUACCUUGGUAAAGGCGACGGAUUCACCGACUCCUACUGUCCUCCCAAGGUGGAAGCGGCCGGUAAAUGCCCGCCUGGCAAGGAUACCGUACUGAAGGAUGCCUUCACCUUGGACACCGUCGUCCCCGGCCAAGUCGUCUACGUCGAUUCCGACUACGCCGUCAGAGCCACCGGCCCCAAUGGAACUUACAUCGAAGCCGACGGUACCCACAGCAAGCCCGACGGCAUCUACACCGGGUUCGAAUACAUCCCCGGCUCCGAGUACGGCCAGUGGACCUUCCAGGCCGACGGCAUUGACGGCUUCUUGGCCUGCCCUUAUAACAACGACAUCUACCAGGUUUUCGUCAACAGUGAGGACGCAAAGCCCCCUCGCGGACAGAAGCUUGAUGCCUGUGUUCCUUUCACUACGAGUGCUCAUGAGUAUGCUCUAUUUGGGAACGCAACUGCUGCUGCUUGGGAAUAUUAA